AUGUCUGAAUCAGAACUUAAAAAUGAGAGUACUCAAAAAAUGUCUCCAGCUUUUAUUAAACUUAGUAAAUUACCACCAAAAAGUAAAAAUGAUUUAAAAAAAUGGCUCUCUGAUAUGAUGAAUCGUCUUGUUCAUGAAUGGAGACCUUCACUUUCAACUGUUUUAUUUACUGAAGAAGAACUUAUGGAAUUAUGUUAUAGAGCAAGAGAAACAUUCUGGAUGUCUAAGACAUAUAUUGAUGUCAAUCCACCAGUUAUAAUUGUUGGAGAUAUUCAUGGUCAAUAUGAAGAUUUGUUAGCAAUUAUGAAUUUUAAUGGUUUUCCACCAUUUAAGAGUUAUGUUUUUUUGGGUGAUUAUGUAGAUAGAGGUUCAUUUAGUAUUGAAUGCAUUACAUUAUUAUUUGUUCUUAAAGUUCUUUAUCCAACAGAGACAACACUUCUUAGAGGCAACCAUGAAUCUAGACCUGUUAAUAUGCACUAUGGUUUUUAUUCAGAAUGUAAGAAAAGAUAUUCAUCCGAUUUAUAUGAUGCUUUUCAAUGGGCUUUUAAUUGUAUGCCAUUUUGUGCAAGAGUAGGAAAAAAAAUUUUGUGUAUGCAUGGUGGAAUUUCAGAGGAUCUUGUUGAUCUUAGGCAAUUAGAUCGUGUUGAAAGACCAUGUGAAAUUCCUGAUUUGGGUGUUCUUGCUGAUUUAACUUGGGCAGAUCCUGAUUGUGCUAUAUCUGGAUAUGAAGAAUCACCACGUGGUGCAGCUCGUGUAUUUGGAAAAGAAGCUUUGGAAGCUUUUUUAGCAAGGCAUAAUUUGGAAUUAAUUGUUAGGGGUCACCAAGUUGUACAAGAUGGAUUUGAAUUUUUUGCUGAUCGUAAACUUGUAACAGUAUUUAGUGCACCAAGUUACACAGGAACUCAUGAUAAUGUUGCUGCUGUAAUGAAUGUAGAUAGGCAACUUGUUGUAUCAUUUACACUUUUUAAGAAUGAUACAGAAGAAAGAAAAAUAAAAGAUAAAGGAAAUAAAUAA